AUGGCCGUCGUUACAUGCAGCGCCGCCACAGCUAGCUUCGAUGUGAGCGAUGAAGACCUCACCAAGUUCCAAGAACACACAGGUAUUAGCAAGCAAGUCUACAAGCGCGUCAUUGCCGCGCUCCAAGCCUAUGCAGAAAAGCAUGGCCCGAUGCCGCUGAUGGCAUACACCGACCACGAGGUCGAGAUCAACGACUUUACCAACAAGUUCUCGCAGUCCGCAGGCACUAAAUUGGGCAGCAUCGAGCUGGUGCUGAUCGUUGCCAACGGUCUGUGGGCCAUCGAGCGCGGCGACCAGGAACAAGCCGUGUCCGCGGGCCUCGGCAUGAACGUCCCGGUCGCGAUUGGCACCGAGGGCACCACUGAAAAGUGCAAGAAGCACAACUUUGAGCUCCGCAACUGA